AAAAGUUUUUUAAGCAAGAGGAUGUGUUAAGUUGUGACCCAUAAAGAAGUAUAAAUUUUGAAGUGUUUGGAAUAAAAAAGCUCAUUUGCAAUCGCUUUAUGCAUAAGUGCAUAUGAAAUAUAGUGUCUUUUUUUAUUAAUUGGACGAAAGCCAAUGUAAGUUUAAUGUGCAGUUGCAGUCUUGCACAGUCAAAUAACGGAUGUGUUGCUAAAACAUGGCGUGAUCAACCAUGGGGUCAUUAACAAGAGAAGAGGAAUUGAAGAAUAUCAUCCUUGUGCUGCGUUCGUUGAUAACAUCGUCAAAGAAUCCGUUAACCUUGCAAUCCGUAGAACGUGAUUACAAGUAUCUUGAAUCUGAACACAUUCCAUACCAUCGUUUUGGCUAUCGAAGUACUCUAGAAUUCCUGCAGGAUACGAAAGAAUUUCAUAUUUUCAAUCGUGGAAACGAGGUCAUAAUUGGUGUCAAGCCCAACGAGAAAACGGCACACAUCGCUUCUAUGGUACGAGGCCAAAAGGCGAGCAAAAGUCAUUUUAAGCCCGCACCCCAAUCUAUACGGCCAGUUGCCAGCAAAACUCCAAAACCAGCACCAGCACCACUCAAACAGAACGUAGUGCAGCAAUAUCAACAGAAGUAUCAAUAUCAGUAUCUGCAACAACAACAACAGCAGCAGCAAGAACUGCAGCAGUCGCUGUGGCUGAGGGAACAACAAUUGCAAGCGGAGCGUCAGGCGAACUUGGAGCGAGAACUCUUGUGCUUGCGUCAGCAGCAGCAGGCCCAGGAGGAGAAGGAUCUGGUGAUCAAGCGUCGUCAGAAGGAACUGCGCGACGAGCAGCGAUUGCAAAAGAUUCAAUUGCAGCAGCAACAGGAAAUCGUUGACAAGAAGAUCGCAGAACUGCAGCAACAGCACGCGCUCGAUCUGAAAGCGCAGGCGCUGACUAUCGACACGCUGCGUGAGGAAAGCACACGCCUGAAGCAACAGCUAAAGGAGCAGGAGCAACAGCAGAGGCUGCAACUUGAGCAGGAGCAACAGCAGAGGCUGCAGCUUGAGCAGGAGAACACGCCACCAAAGACAAAGUCAGACGCCAAGUUAGACGCUCAGCCGGCGAAACCACAAAAGCUUGCAACUCAAGAAGAUUCAGACAUGAAUGGAAAUGCAGCUGGCGGAGGUGGCGGUGGCGGUGGUGCUGCUGCUGCCUCGACACGCAAGCCGCAUCUGCGUCCCAUACUGGGCAACAGUGCUCCACAGCGUUCGGUGGGCGUGCCACAGCCAACAAAUGAUUCCAUGUCUGCUGGCGGUGCCAAUAGGCGGCCGCCUUCCCAGCAUGCGCGAGUGCCUGGAACGCGUCCCAAUGGCAGCGUCUCUGUCAACUAUAGACUGAAGCAGCAGCAGACAGCGGCUGCAGCGGCUCCCUUAAUCAUAACGCCGCCAGACUCGCCAGAGAAUGCGGCCAAUAAUCAAGCAAAGCAAUCGCCAGUUCCACGCACACAAAAGUUCAAUAUGCCGCAGUCUCAGAUACAGCCUGCGGCUCAUCCGAGUGUGCACUUUAAGUUUGAUCCAGCCUUCGAUGCGAGCUCCUCGUUGAGGCAAUACUGCGUUGCCAUGGGCUAUGCGCCGCCAACGUACGAGUUCUCCAAGGUGAACAAAAGCAAUCUGCUGCACUGCAAGGUGUGCAUCGACGGCAACAUCUAUACCAGCUAUCCCAAGGAGUAUUCGGAUGAAACCACCGCCAAGCAAUGCACCUCGGAGGUGGCCCUAGAGAGACUGAAACAACUCGAGUCGCGCAAGCAGCUGUCGAAGCUCAGCGACGUCGAGUUCCUUGACAGCAUCUACAAAGAGCUGAUCAAGCAUCCGCAUGGCAUUGUCAGUCACAAGUUGCCCGAGUGGUAUGAGGCAACGGUGAAGCGUCAGGUGCCCAGCAACUGGACGAGAUUGCUCAACGAAUCGCCGAAGAUACGCAUCGAAAGCAGCGUCAACACCAACAUUGUGUUUGCCAACACCAACGACGAUGCAACGACGACACCAACAACAGCAGCAUCCCCAAUUGCAUUCAAUCCAUUCCAGCAGACGAUGCCAACUGCCAUGCCCGAGCUGUUGCUGCCCUGGGUAGAAGGUCAGCAGGAUUGGAACAUGUACAUUACGCACUGCGACAACACGAUGCAUGUGUGGGCGCGUCUGAUCGAUCAGAGUGCCAACUUUGAGAAGCUCACCGAGCAGUUGCAUGCUCACAUGGCGCUGCCACACAAUCGGCAACAGCAGCAAUCGCCAAUCGAACAACAAAUCUAUCUGGUCGAAGUGAGCGACAAUUGGAAUCGUGUGCGUGUGAUGUCUGUGGAUGAGAAGCAACGCCAAUGCAUCUGUCAUUUCGUUGACUUUGGCGACGAAGUUGUCUUUGGCUUCGAUGCGCUAUACGCGUGUCCUUCAAUGUUCUUGACGCUGCCAGCACAAGCUGUAUGCCUCAGCAUGUAUGCUCUGGAUAAAUUCGAGGAUCAUCCACAUGCUCAGCCAGUGCUGACCAAGGAGCUGGCUGGGCACAGUGUCGUCACGCGCAUCAUCACCAGUGAGGCGCAGUUCCUCAAGUUGGGUGCUCGCACGCAAGGCGUAUUGCUCGAGCAGCAGCAGAAGGAGCAGCCGCUGACUGAAGAGAAUGGCAGCAGUCUGCAGCCAAGUGUACGACGUGCCUGUAUUGUGGGCACCUUCUACGAUACAUCCACGGCAGAGGAUAUUCAUCUCAAUGAUUUGGUGGCCAAUCAGAUCAUACGCAAUACACCUGCACCGAUGCUCAAGCUGGAUCAGAAGUCAAAUAAUGUGAUUGUGUCGCACGUCAACGAUGUGGGUGACUUGAUGAUUCAGCUGCCGAACGAAGAUCUCAAAUUUGUGCAGCGCAGCAUCAGUCGCAUCAUGAGCGACAGCAGCGAACAGCAUCGAGUGCGCUACUCGGAUCUGCUGCACGAUCAACUGGUGUGCGUCUGCGAUGAGUCUGGCGAUGGGACAAACAAAUGGUAUCGCGGCAUGCUCACUAGCAAGCCCAAGAGCACCGAGGAGGAGGUCUUUGAUGUGUAUUACGUGGACGAUGGACGGCUGCGCAAGACGCACAUCUCCAACAUCUAUCGCCUGGAGGCAAACAAUCAUGCACUUGCCGCAUUUCCAGCACAAGCAUUGCGAGUGCGUCUCCAUGAUGUGCCUCCAAUUGACAACCAGAUGGUGGGACGACUUCGUGGACUCCUUUCGCCGCAGACGCCAGUGCUGCUCAAGGUGAUGGAGGGAGCCAAUGACAAGCUGCCAAUGGUGACGAUUCAUGCUCGUGGCCAGGAUAGUUUAUACUUGUGCUUGAACAGUGCGAUUCGCAUGGAGUACGAAGUGCAGAGUACGACGAGGCUGGAACCGUUCGAUGACGGCGGUCUACACUUCAGUCCAAGUGGUCAGCUGAUACGCCGCUGCAGCUUCAGCUCCACCGUGUCCACACACAGCAGCAGCAGCGAUCAGCCGACAACCGUUGGCAUCGCAUCGCUUCCAGCCACGCCUCGAAAGCCGCCGGCAGCCACGAAAUUGCCGCUGCCCCAGCUCAAGGAAUACGAAGCCAUUCCAGCCGUGGGCGCCUACUUUGAGGUGCGUGUAGCACUCUCCGUCAAUCCUGGCCAUUUUGCAGUGCAACCCUAUAAGUGCUACAAUCAGCUGCAGCAUUUGAUGAAGGAACUGCAGGCGCAUUGCAAGAGUCCAGCGGCUCAGACGGUGCAGCCUGCGCAGCUGAGCAUUGGCCAGGCUUAUGCCGCAGCCGACAGCAGUGGCGUGUAUCAUCGUGUAAAUAUUCGCAAGAUUUAUGAUGAAAUGAUACACGUGCGUUAUGUGGAUGCAGGCGACGAUGGCGUUGUGCGCUGUAAUCAACUACUGCAGCUGCCGAACGAAUUUAGAGAGCUGCCAAUGAUGGCGCUGCCCGCUCAACUUCAUGGCAUUCAAGUAGACGGCAUCGAUUGGACGCAGGAGAACUGUUUGCGCUUCCGUAAGCUAACGCUGGGACAGCAGUUUAUAGGCAUUGUGCGGCGCGUGGACAAGCUGAAGGAUGAUCGACGUGCGCUCAGCUUGGAGCUAAUUGAUACCUCAACGCCACAGGACAUCAAGGUCCAUGAGACGCUCAUUAGCGAGAAGCAUGCGCUGCCUGCGCUAUAAAUAUUGUUUCGUCGACGGGAUAA